AUGCGUAAUUUGAUUACUUUAAAUAGUGGUAAACUAGUUCCUACUGCUAGUUUAGCAGCGGAACUCGAUCAACCUUUUGAAUUAAUUGACAGUAUAUUCGACACUUUGACAGAUAGCAUAACAUGCGUUUUAGCAGAUAUGUCUCUAGGUCAACUAGAGGUUCAACAGUUUAUGAAAGACGGUACCAAAAAUGUAUUGGCUUCUUUUAGUAUUCAAACAUUUGAUGAUAAAAUUUUAUCAUUUGCACAUUUUGCUGAUUAUAAUCAAUUGGUAUUUGUAUUACGUAGUGGUGAUAUCAUCACUGCUACUUAUGAUGCACAGACCUAUGAUCCUCAAAUGACAGUAGUCGAAAUUGUAGGAUCAAUCGAAACUGGCUUAGAGGCAGCCGCUUGGUCUCCAGAUGAAGAAACUCUAGCUAUGUUUACGACUGAAAAGACAAUUGUUUUACUAUCUAAAAUGUUUGAACCAAUUUCAGAAUAUACUUUAGUAGAUGAAGACUUAAAGAUGUCUAAACAUGUUAAUGUGGGUUGGGGUAAAAAGGAAACUCAAUUCAGAGGUAAAGGUGUACGUGCAAUGGAAAGAGAAGCGUUAGCAAGUUUAAAGGCAUCCGGUUUAGUAGGCAAUGAAUUAAGAGAUCCAACAAUGCCAUAUGCCGUAGAUUCUGGUAUCAUUUCCGAUUUAGAUAACCGUGAAAUUAGUAUUUCAUGGAGAGGAGAUUGUGAAUAUUUCGUGGUGAGUUCAAUUGAAACAGUUAGUGAUCCAAGUGAAGAUUCCAAUAACUUAGAAAGAAGAGUUUUAAGAGUAUUCACAAGAGACGGUGCCUUAGAUAGUGCUUCUGAGCCAGUAGAUUAUAUGGAGAACAACUUGAGUUGGAAACCCCAGGGUUCUUUAAUUGCCUCUAUCCAACGUAAAGAUUUUAAUACUGAAGAAGAAUCGUUAGAAUUGAUAUUCUUUGAAAGAAAUGGUUUAAGACAUGGUGAGUUUAGUACUAGACUUCCACCUAACGAAAAGGUAAGGCAAUUGUGUUGGAAUAAUAACUCUGAAGUAUUGACAAUAGUUCUGAAUGAUAGAAUCCAAUUAUGGACAACCAAAAAUUAUCAUUGGUACUUAAAGCAAGAAAUUUAUGGUGAAAAUAUCCAAUUUGCUAAAUGGCAUCCUGAAAAGGACUUCAGUUUGAUGUACGGUAACUCUAACUCAUUAAAUAUUGUCGAUUUUGCAUUUAAAAUGAUCCAAGGUCCAACAUUAGAGCCAUUCGACAAUGGCACAACUCUGGUAAUUGACGGUAACACUAUUAACAUUACCCCAUUAGCUGUUGCCAAUGUCCCUCCUCCAAUGUCAUUCAGAGACUUCGAAACGCCUUCAAAUGUCAUCGAUGCUGCUGUUAAUUUAUGCAAUGAAGUAUAUGCUGCGUUGAAUAAAGAUUUUGUAUACAUCGCAUCAGUUUCAAGCUUUGAAGAUAUGAAAAAAGGAAAACAUCCAGAUAUUAAAUGUGAAUAUUCAAAACUUGAAUUUGCAAAUGAAAAUGAUACCUUACGUCAGGUUGCAUUUAUUAAUGAUUCCGUAAUUGCAGUUUUAUUCGACUCCAACAAUGUUUCUAAUAUUGCGUUAAUAGAAGUUCAAGAUGCCUCUCAACCUUUAGUAAUUAAUGUAAUCCCAAUAAUGGGAAAGGUCGUUCUUAUUAGAAGCUCUUUUGAUUACAAUCAUUUAGUCUAUGAAACAAGAGAUGGUACUGUAAUGCAAUUAGAUUUUGAAGGAAACUCGGAAAUAAUAACCAAGUUUCCUCAAUUAUCUAGAGAUUUCAGAGUUAAAAGAGUUCAUAAUUCACAAUCAUUAGAUGAUAACCAAUGGAGUACAUCAAGUUCGGAGUUAGUUGCAUUUGGUUUAACAAGCAAUGGUAAACUUUAUGCAAAUGAUGUUCUAAUAAGCUCUGCUGUGACAUCUAUUGAAAUUACUGAUUCUAUGUUGUUGUUUACAACUGCUCACCACAACUUACAAUUUGUUCAUUUAAACAGCACCAGUUUUAAACCAUUACCUUUAGUCGAAAACAACAUUAUUGAUGAAAGAAUUCGUGCAAUUGAAAGAGGUUCUAUUUUGGUUUCUGUCAUUCCAUCUAAAUCUGCAGUUGUUCUACAAGCUAGCCGUGGUAACUUAGAAACAAUUUAUCCAAGAAUCAUGGUCUUAUCCGAAGUUCGUAAAGAUAUUCUAGCUAAAAAGUAUAAGGAUGCUUUUAUUUGUUGUCGUACAAACAGAAUCAAUUUAGAUAUUCUUCACGACUAUGAUCCUGAAUUGUUUUAUCAAAACUUAGAACUAUUCAUCAAUCAAAUUGAAAAAGUUGACUACUUAGAUUUGUUCAUUUCUUGUUUAAUCGAAGAAGAUGUUACAAAAACAAAAUACAAAGAAACUUUGUCACUAUCAAUUGAUGAAGCUUAUGAAGUAGCUCCACCACCUCCAACUGAAAUGCAAUUGUAUAUGAAGAAGAAAAUGUUUGAUCCAUCUACAUCAAAAGUUAACAAGAUUUGCAAAGCAAUGUUAGAAGUUCUAUUGAGUAAGCCAGAAUAUAAGAAGAAAUAUCUUCAAUCUAUCCUAACUGCAUAUGCUUCUCAAAAUCCAUUACAAUUAGAAGAUGCCUUGAAGUUGAUUAGUGGAUUGGAAGAUGCUGAUGAAAAAGAUAAUAGUGUUACCUAUUUGUGUUUCUUACAAGAUGUCAAUUUAGUUUACAAAGUAGCUUUAUCUUUGUAUGAUAUAAAGUUGUCAUUAUCUAUUGCUCAAAAAUCACAAAUGGAUCCACGUGAAUACCUACCAUUUUUACAGAAUCUAUUUGAACAAGAGCCUUUACGUUGUCAGUUUAUUAUAGAUGAUUACCUGAAGAAUUUUGAAAAGGCUCUACGUGAUUUAAUUGAAAUCAACAAAGAUGGAGCCACAGUUUCUGACGAACUAAUUGAAUAUAUUAAAGCGCAUGAUUUAUAUAAGCCUGCUUUGGCUGAAUAUAGACAUAAUACUGAAAAGCAAAAUUAUAUUUACGCAAUUUUUGCCAAAAGUUUGUCAUCUCAACAAGAGUACAUUGAAGCUGGUAUUAUAUAUGAAAUGUUAGGAGACUAUAAAGAGGCUUUAAAUGCUUAUGUAUUAGGCAAGAAAUGGCGUGAAGCUUUGACAUUAGCAACCCAACAUUUCCCAUCUUUGGUUGACGAAACAGCUAAUGAUUUGAUUUCCUCAUUAUCAUUCGAUCAUAAAUAUGUUGAUGUAGCAGAAAUUUACUUACAAUUUUUGGACAAUGUCGAAGAAAGUAUGACAAACUACUGCAAAGCUUAUCAUUAUGAUACUGCAACAUUGAUAGCUGCAAAAUAUAACCGUAUUGAACUCAUAGAAAAGGUUGUAGACUCUGGUUUGGGUGAUGGUUUUGCAGUUGUUGCUGAAUUGUUAGCCGACUGUAAGGGACAAGUAAAUUCCCAAUUGAAGAGAUUGAGAGAUUUGAGAACCAAAAAAGAAGAAGAUCCUUAUAGUUUCUAUGGUGAAGAGACAGAACAAGCAGAUGAUGUUUCUAUAGCUCCUUCCGAAACCUCUACCAAAGAAUCUUUCUUCACCAGAUAUACCGGUAAAACCAGUGGUACUGCAAAGACAGGUGCUUCAAGACGUUCUUCUAAAAACAAGCGUCGUGAAGAACGUAAGCGUGCUCGUGGUAAGAAAGGUACUAUAUAUGAAGAAGAAUAUUUAGUCAAAUCUAUUGGAAGAUUAAUUGAAAGAGUUGAACAAACUACUCCAGAUGCAGUGAGAUUAAUUGCUGGUCUUUGUAGAAGAAACAUGAGGGAACAGGCAUAUCAAAUUCAAAAGAAUGUUGUUGAAUUACUAGAUAUGCUAAAGAAGAACGUUGUUGAGAUAUAUACAAUUAGUGAAAAAGAUAGAGAAAGAGUAAAUGAUAAUGGUGAAAUCUAUUAUUUACCUGAAAUUCCAGCACCUGAGAUUAAAGAUUUCCCAAAAAAUAAGACAAUUGAUUACUGA